GUAAAGACCGUACGCGGAAACGAGGUGAAUGUUUAUGUUGGUUGCUGUUUUGCUUCAGUUUGAACCUUCCGCUUGUGUUGUCAAUUUUUUACCUAAAUCAUGUCAGAAAAGACGCGUUAAAGGCAAAAAGCGAGAAAAAACAUAGCACGACAGAAAAGACAAGAAAAGUCCGGAUUGGAUUCUAUUCUUUUCGCUGUCCGCGCGAAAAUAAAGGGUGAAUGACCAACCUGGUGCCCUCCAGCGCGCUCAGCGAGAUCAACCUUCGUUUACUCUGUCACGAUGACAUAGAUACUGUAAAACAUCUGUGUAGUGACUGGUUUCCUAUUGAAUAUCCAGACUCAUGGUAUCGAGACAUCACAUCAAACAAAAAAUUCUUUUCCUUGGCUGCUACAUUUAAAGGUGUCAUUGUGGGUAUGAUAGUAGCAGAAAUAAAAGGAAGGACAAAAGUGCACAAAGAGGAUGGGGAUAUUCUAGCUUCUAGCUUUCCUGUUGACACACAAGUUGCAUACAUUUUAAGUUUAGGAGUUGUAAAGGAGUUCAGGAAACAUGGAAUAGGUUCUCUUUUACUAGAAAGUUUGAAAGAUCACAUAUCUACAACAGCCCAGGAUCAUUGCAAAGCCAUCUAUCUUCAUGUUCUUACUACAAAUAACACUGCCAUUCACUUCUAUGAGAACAGAGACUUUAAACAGCAUCAUUACUUGCCAUAUUAUUACUCAAUACGAGGAGUACUAAAAGAUGGAUUUACAUAUGUUUUGUAUAUCAACGGUGGACAUCCCCCUUGGACGAUCUUUGAUUAUAUUCAGCAUAUAGGCUCUGCACUGGCAAAUCUGAGUCCUUGUACAAUUCCACAGAGGAUAUAUCGUCAGGCUCAGAAUCUUCUUCGUAGUUUUUUACCCUGGUCAGGUAUUUCUGUAAAAAGUGGUAUUGAAUAUAGCAGAACAAUGUGACUGACCUAUAGAAGUUAUGAAGAAUGGACUCAGUAAGUGACUUCCAUCCAGAUGUAAGACUAAAGUGAAUACUGAAAAAGAGGACACAUGAAUUGAAGAAAUAUAUAAAUAAAUACUAAGACGAGCAAUGGUGCUUUUAUAAGCUUGUUCACUAAAUUUAGAGUUAAUUCUUUUAAUGGAUACCAUGUACCUGUAAAUUUGUUUCUCCCUCCAAAAUCUAACUGAACUGUUUAUAUAAUUUUUUUAAGUUUUGUAGUUUUUAUCUUUAUGUUUUUGUGUUCAAUGAAAAAGAGAAAAUUCCUUGUCAUAAUGUAAAUAACAGUGUUAAUUCUCAGGACCAUGUGUAUAUGUUUAUCGAUUAAUGUUUCCAUAUUGUCCAUGAGUGUAUGUAACAUUGAUAUUAACAGUUCAUUAAGACCUGCAUGGUCUGAUCAUAUCGUAUUGGAAGAAAUUUGACAGUUUACUUUGGUUUUUACAUUUACAACUAAAAUGCUUUUGAGGUAUGCUUCUGAUCAAAGACUUGGAUGCAGAUUAUACAUGAGCAGGGGUUAGCCCACUAAUGCAUGCGUGCAUGUGUAGCAUAUUCUUUCUAUUUUUGUAUAUAAAUAUAUAUUAUAGCUAGUGAAUGUAUAACAACCAGGCUUUGUUAGCAAUACUUGGGCCAAGUAGAAUGUACAAUUAAAAAAAGCAGACACCUCCUGUAUAAACAAAUUCAUGAAGGGAAAAAAGAUUAUAUUUUAAUUAUAUAUUCGUAUAUCUGUUCUAACAGGCAAAAGACUGAUAUAAAUUGAAUUGUAAUUAUUUAUUUAUUUAUUUUUUCAAACAAAAGAGAUGGGUAACUUUUUUAACUUUUGUUUUCAUAUUCUAAUUUGCACUGUUCUUUGGAUGAGUUGGGAUUUUUCAGUUAUUGUUAGGAUACUUAAAAGAGGAAUUUGUACAAAAGAGCAUGUUGUGGCAUUGCCAAACAGUUUUAAUUAGUCCAUAGUAAUAUUGUGUAUGUUUUUUUUUUUUAUAGAUUAGGUUAUUUCCCACUGCAUUUUAGAUGAUUUAAUAUUUUAGUUUGAAUAGGUGGUUGUUAUUUUUAUACAUUCUUUAACAUCCUCUUUAGACAGGAUUAGAAACCUCUAAAAUUUACAGAGUGAUUUUUUUUUUCCCCCAAAAUAAAUCUCUCUCUUUUUUUAUGCUUUUUACUAGCACUUUACGUCUCAAUUUUUCUGUUGUCAUCUUGAUAUGAUCCGUUGUUCAUUAUAAUACUGAGCGAACAAUAUUUCUCUUAGUUAUAGUGUGUGUCUGUUAUUUUCUACCACCCUGAGAUAAUCAGUGGGUUGAACAGUAUAAUACACAGUAUGUCAGCCUUUAUAGUGUCUUUAAAAGAAGUAUUUUAAUGGAGAUAUGCAGCGCUAAACAAAAUACAACUAUUUCAUUAAGUGUAGUUCCACUGUUGCUAUGCAAAGUAAAAAUAUGUUGCAGUUAUUGUUUUACUUAUAUUGUAUUUUAGUGGUAUAGAAUUUAUUUAAAGAAGAGUGAAAUGUGACUAUUUUUACAUAUCUUUGAAGUCUGAUUUCAGUUCUUGUUUCAGAUCUCAAUGUUUAAAUGAUAAAGCAGGUACAUUAUACAACAGUUUCUGUAAUCUUGGAAAACAAUGUUUUCACUUACUUAAAAUAUAGAAAAUUCUGAAACUGGCAAUAUUUACAAUCCAUACCUAAAAUGUAAAUGAUGGGGGUUGGGGGUUGGUGUGGGUAGAUGAACAAAGAGACCUAAUUAGGAAUUAAACUGUUUACUUCUUUGCCGUUAUUUUAUAUUUUUGUAACCAUUAUAAUUUAAAAAGAUCAUUAACUCUCGGCAAACAACUUCCUAAAUAACUGCAUUUACCUAACACUACAUUUAAGGUAAUACUAGUGUUGUGGCAUUUCAUAUACUGAUGAAUGGGAGUAUUUACCACAAUAACUUAAUGUCUAGCAUAAGAAUUUACAAAAUCUGUAGAUUAUUGUUGGUAGAAAAGAAUGAAGUUCAAAUUAUGUUUGUUUACCAGGUGUUUAAUUUCCUAAAUGUACAUUUUUUUCAAGCAUUUAUUUUGUGAUAAUUUAAUACAGGUUUAAAGUUGUACCUUUCUGGCAGUCAUUUGCCAUUUUUUUGUACAAAUAAUGUACAUCAGGUGUCCUCUGGUUCUGUCCUGCAUGUUUUUGUUCCAACUCAGUUUCAUAGUUAGAAGAUAGUUUUUCCUGGCUGAAGCAAUUAUUACACAAGAAACAUUGCUGUGCUUCAUUUUAGUUAACUGGCUUUUUAAGAUUCCCAGAUCUCAGUGGCUUCUUUUGGCUGUAUACAGAACUCACUGUUUUUAGUUGCUUCUUGUUUUCUUAACUAGCUACCAAUUAACAAUAAGGUGCAAAUAAUGUGAUAACCAGCAUCUCACCAAUUAACUUAGCCCCAUCUACACUUGUGUAUUUCAUCAUGUAUCUGUUUUAAUAAAAAAAAUUGAAAAGAAAUGGAAUAGAAAAGUUGAUGGUCCGAGAAUUAGUAAUCUUCUCCUGGCAAUGAAUUAUUUAGAUGAUAUUCUUGGAAAAGAAAAAUGUACAAUUGAAGAAUGACCUGAAAUGGUGGAAUUACAACCACUAACAAGCCAUAAAAUUCAAUAACAAGUUCUGUUACCGACAAGGAUUGGCUUCUAAUUAAUCAAUUGGGUUGGACUAAAAAUCUGCAACUACUACAGCCCACUAGGACCAAAUUUCAGGACCUCUUUUCUACCUAUAUAGUAUAUGCCAUAUAUAAAAGACUGACUUAUUUUUAUUGUUUAAACUAUACUGUUUGUAUUAGUACAAUUCUGAGUUUUUCUUGUAUGAUUGUAGUAUUACUACAGUUAUUAAGUUGUUUUGAGGAGGGAAGCUAAUAACAGAUUUACAGUUCAUUUACAUAUUUCAUCUUUUUGGCUAAGUUAUACAGCUUUGAUGUUGACCCAUACACACACAUACACAGGGAAGUAUAGGCAAGGAGACUUUGUAGAAAGUGCAUUGUGUUGCUUCUUAGGACAAGUGCAACAAUGUAGUUUUACUAGAUAUCUUGUGGCUAUUAAUAUGAAUGUCUAUUUAUGUGUAUUUGUUUUCAGAAGUUUACACCCUUUGUACAUAACACCAUUAUGAUACUGAUUUUUAAUUUAUUUUUUGUUUAUUGAUUUUUGUUUUUUUUCUGUCUGGGGAUUUUUUAUGUGUUACUAAUGUUAUGUAGUUUCACCUGAAACAAACUUAAUGUUUAAGUAGUUAAUUUUCACAACAUGUAAGUACAAAUACAACAGAACAAUGAUGUACCCCAAUUGUCUCUUUUUAUGCUUGUAUGAAAGAAAAUCUCCUAAAUGAACAAAAAAACUUUGGAAAUGACAUGAGUUGCAUGAAAAAAUGUAUUACACUUUGUGACUUUAUGAACUUUGUGAAGGAUGAAGUUUAGUUGGUAAUGAUGUUUUUAAAAUGUUUGGGCCAAAAGAGCCUAGACUAUUUGCAAUUAAUGGCAUUUUACCUUAGCCAGCAUGUUUUGUACAAAAUACAAUUUAAACACACUUUGAUAUACUUGUUCUAGAAGACUUUAGUAUAUAUUUCAGACACUUAGCUAUGGAAAGAGUACAGUUUAUUUCAAUAUUUAGUUUUUUCCUUUUACCAAUAUAUCUGUACCUUUUCCUUGGAGAGAGGGGUUAACUGUGUUGAAUUCCUUUAUUUAGUUAUUUACGUUUUCUCCAUUUUAUGUUCUUUGUUAAAAUCUGUCAAGAUGUUCCCUGUUUCCUAAUUAAAUAUUUUAAUGAGAAA